GCGGUGCGGACGCGCGGGCACACGCACCUCCCCCAGCCCUGCCGACGGGCACACACGCCGCUCACGCCGAUCCCCUUGGUGGUGACACUCAACGCCCGGAGUUGUUGGGAUCACAGGCAGAAGUCACUCGACAGUUGCUCACACGAAGUCACAGUGACACACUCACCACGUCCCCCCUGACGGCCUCGCCUGCAUUCACGAGCCGACGCGCAGUGACCCACUGUCGCCCAGCCAUGCACCUGCUCACACUACCGUCCUGCACAGGUCACCCUCAUCCGUACACAAUCACACGCAGUCACGCGCCCACCUGCACUGUCACCCCGCCACGCACAAGUCACCGUUCUCACGCGACGCCGCCGCACACCGCGUCCCGUGCCCCCUCUCCGCCACACGCAGCCACAACUCGGGACAAGCACACAAAGAAGUCGCUCCGACAGCCACUCGCCCGCGCUCCCAGUGACUUCCACAGUCGUACGCUCUCACCCACAGCCACCCACCCCGUGGACGGUGAACCUCAGGCACACGAAUCGCCCUGACAGUCACCCAGUCACGCGCGGUCACACCCAGGGGCAGCAGCAUCCCGCCCCCUCUACCCCGCGCCCGGCCGUCCACACCCGCGCGUCGGGGUUUUUAACUUCUUGCCGCCGAAGCGCACGAAUUGGGCCGUUUACGAAUCGGUAAAUCCGGCGGAGCCUCGGAUUCCGAGCUGGCAGUGGCCCAUCGAGGCCUUUCCCCUCCCCGGAUCGGCGAGCGGACGCUCUCCCGACUGGAGUUGUGGUGAGGGGAGCCCCUUCUUUCCCGAGAUCGCCACCCCUUCCCGCGACCAGGUCCUACCUGGAGCCAAGUCCCCGCUGCGCUGCCCGGCACGGGCGCGAUGAGAGCUCGCGCUUCUGAAAGCCGGGACGGGCGGUGUCCGACCCCGCUCCGCGCUGCCAGGCCAGCCCCGGACCCUGCGGGGCAGCGCCGCAGUCCGAGAUUCUUCUUUCGCCCGGGAGGGAACUUUCAAACUUAAGUUAGGAAGCCGGACAGUCAGUGCGUCCGCGAGUCGGUUCGUCGGUCCCGGGCCGGCCGGAGCCGAGCGCGGCUUUUCGUCACUCGGAGCCCGGAUUGAACGGCGCGCGUGGGUUUCCUCGGGGCCAAGGCGCAGACGCGCGGGAUCCGUGGCGCUGCGUGUUUGAUGGUGAGAGUGCCUACGUGGGGAUGAGUGACGGAAACCCAGAGCUCCUAUCAACCAGCCAGACCUUCAACAGCCAGAACGAGAGCAACGAAGACUAUGAGAUCCCCCCAAUAACACCUCCCAACCUCCCCGAGCCAUCCCUCCUGCACCUGGGGGACCACGAAGCCAGCUACCACUCGCUGUGCCACGGCCUCACGCCCAACGGACUGCUCCCUGCUUACUCCUACCAGGCCAUGGACCUCCCAGCCAUCAUGGUGUCCAACAUGCUGGCCCAGGACAGCCACCUGCUAUCAGGCCAGCUGCCCACGAUCCAGGAGAUGGUCCACUCAGAGGUUGCUGCCUAUGACUCGGGCCGACCAGGGCCCCUGCUGGGCCGCCCGGCAAUGCUGGCCAGCCACAUGAGCGCCCUCAGCCAGUCCCAGCUCAUUUCUCAGAUGGGCAUCCGGAGCGGCAUCGCCCACAGCUCCCCGUCACCCCCAGGGAGCAAGUCAGCGACCCCCUCUCCCUCCAGUUCAACUCAGGAGGAGGAGUCGGAGGCACAUUUCAAGAUGUCGGGAGAAAAGAGACCUUCAGCCGAUCCUGGCAAAAAGGCCAAGAACCCAAAGAAGAAGAAGAAGAAGGAUCCCAAUGAGCCACAGAAACCUGUGUCAGCCUACGCACUCUUCUUCAGAGACACUCAGGCUGCCAUCAAGGGACAGAAUCCCAGCGCGACCUUCGGGGAUGUGUCCAAAAUCGUGGCCUCCAUGUGGGACAGCUUGGGAGAGGAGCAGAAGCAGGCCUACAAGAGGAAGACUGAAGCAGCGAAGAAGGAGUAUCUGAAGGCUCUGGCAGCCUACAGGGCCAGCCUCGUUUCCAAGAGCUCCCCUGACCAGGGUGAGACCAAGAGCGCUCAGGCGAACCCGCCGGCCAAGAUGCUUCCCCCCAAGCAGCCCAUGUACGCCAUGCCAGGCCUGGCCUCCUUCCUGACCCCGUCUGACCUGCAGGCCUUCCGCAGCGGGACCUCCCCCGCCAGCCUCGCCCGGACGCUGGGCUCCAAGUCACUGCUGCCCAGCCUCAGCGCCUCCCCACCGCCGCCGCCCUCCUUCCCUCUCAGCACACCCCUGCACCAGCAGCUGCCGCUGCCACCCCAUGCCCAGGGCACCCUCCUCAGCCCACCUGUCAGUAUGUCCCCAGCCCCCCAGCCUCCGGUCCUGCCCGCUCCCAUGGCACUCCAGGUGCAGCUGGCCAUGAGCCCCUCACCUCCAGGGCCACAGGACUUCCCUCACAUCUCUGAGUUCCCCAGCGGUUCCGGACCCCGCUCCCCUGGCCCAUCCAACCCCACGAGCAGCGGAGACUGGGACAGCAGUUACCCCAGCACCGAGUGUGGCGUCAGCACCUGCAGACUCUGCAGAGGCCGCCCGCCGCCCGCCACCAGCCCAAAGAACCUGCUGGAACCUCCCGCCCCCUGACCGCUUGCUCCAGGGUUCCUGUGGACCCCGCGCCACGCCUGCCGCCGUCCCCUCCGUCUGGUCGUCUGGCGCCGGAGCUGUCCCUGGACCGGUGGCCCUGCCGCAGGAAACUACCCCCAGAUGCGCCGGGCGGGGGUCGGCUCAGCGCCAGACGUGCAAAUCCGGUUUUACAGUGUGAACAAGACAUUAUGACACUUAUAAACUGUUGGCUCCAUGUAAGUAUUAGUUGACUACGUGUUUUAGAAGCUGUGCUGAAGACACCUGUAAGAUUAUUUUGUUGGGAUGUGGUGGGGCAGAAAGUAGACUCCUUAAAGAUAAAAAAAAAAAAAAAAAAAAGCAUUUUAUAUGACCCUUAGCACAUUUUUUUUUAAGUUUUAUCUUAAGGGAGACGUGCACAAAAGAGGCUGCCAAACCAUUUCACCCUCUGUACAGCAGGAACUGGACAAUUUAUAGCCACACUCAGAGACAUUGCGCUUUUUUUUUUUUUUUAUCAUACAUUCAUCUAUUUAAAACAGCCAGCAAUGACUUC